UUUACCGAUAUGGACGACGGAAUCGGGGAAGAUGCGCUUCACAAGGUUCUCGCGGAAGUUUUCGGCGAAAGCCAUUAUGAAAUUGUCAAAAGUGGUGUUAUAGAUAUUAGGGAAAACUUCAAUUGUGUGAUAAGAACAUGUUUUGAAGAAGACCCUUCGAUGACUUUUUUCCAGCAGUGCGAGAGUUGGAAGAGGAAGUUUGUAGCUGCGGUACAUUGUAACUUUAUUUAUUGGGAGCAAAAAGUAGGGAAAUAUUAUGAAUUUAGGAAGCAGUACGUCUGUCACCUUAAUUCACGGAAUAAAAGCGAGACUGGAAAGCGAAAUUUGAAGUGUUGGGCUAGAUUAGAGUUUAAAAAAUUGCGGAUUCCACAGAGUGAUUCAACACGAUGGCGUGAUCUUAAGAGAGGAGGUUUCUUGUCGAAGGGAUUGGACACUGAAAUAAAGAUUACUUUCAAGCACACUCAUCCUGUGUUUGAUGCUCAGCAACUGAGAUUACAGCGAGUAACUGACGAUACAAGGGACGCAUUUGAAGAAUACUUUUCAAAUGGUAUGGGUGCAGCAGGUGCUAAGGCUUUCCACAAGAUGCAAAUACUAUCGAACGUUCUCCUCCCUGCAGAAGAGCAACAGAUGACACUAGCUGACGCGAGUCUUAAUCCAACACACAGGCAGAUAGCCAGUAUUUAUGAAAACUGGAGGUAA